AUGACAAGUCAGUAUUUUUCGACCUAUGUUGAGGAUCUCGAGCAGAAUUUUCUGCUUGAGGAGCCGUUCGAUGCAAUUGAUUUUGUGGAACGUUUGGCUUGGCGAUUGACAGGUGGCAAGGACGAAUUCGAUGUGGUUGAUUUGAAAACGAAAUUCGAAGAGGAAAUUGGCAAUCUGCAAAUGUUAAGCGACCAAUUUCAGGCUUUGGAUAUGAAUGAUUUGAGUUCGAAACCAUUGCAGUCGAAGAUUGCAUCGAUGGAGCAGCAAUGUAGUAAUGAUAAGCGCGAAUAUUUGAAUAUUUUGCACAGGCUUCAUGAACAAAACGCUGAUGCGAUGGAUAAACUGAAGCAGUUGGACAGUACAAUGCAAACAGUCUCUACGAAAGUGGUCCACCUGGGCGAUCAGUUGGAAAGCGUUCAUGUGCCACGAGCUCGAGCUAACGAAGCACUACAACUGAUGAGGCAUUUCGAUGAAUUUUUAGCUGAUCAGCCACUCAGUUCAGAUAUUUUCACCGAUCCGGAUCGGCUAUUGGAAUCAGCUGCAAUGAUCCAGAAAUUAUCCUCGAUAGCCCAGGAAUUGGCAAAAGGCAAAUAUAGCAAUGUUCAAAUCCGAAUUGCUCAUAAAUACGACGAAAUCGAGCGACUGAUGCUGGAAGAAUUUGUGCGAGCGCACAGACAAGGCAACUGGCGCAGGAUGCGUGAAAUUGCCGCAAUCCUUGCUGAUUUCAAAGGCUAUUCGCAGUGUUUGGAUGCUUUUGUGGAACAUAUGCAAAUCAACGCUUUCCGUGGUGAUAAUGUCUUCGAUGAUAUAUUAUCGUUGUGUCAAAAAACGCAACCCAUGCUGAGAGAAAUAUUUCCGAAUCCCGAUCAAGUGAUGUCAAAAUUGGUCCUCAACUUGUUCCAUGGCAAACUCCAGGAAGUAAUCACAGCGAAGCUCAGUGAUUCCGAAAAUGAUUUGGAGGUUUACUUGACGACAAUACACGACUUAUAUUCAAGGACACAGAAAUUGGUAUCAAAAUUUACGGCAUCGCGAAUUGGUGGGGCUGAUCCUCAGUUCUUGGAAACAUUGGUGCGGUCAGUGUUUGGACGUUAUUUGGAAAGCUACCCUGCGAUUGAGCAGCAGUUUUUAACAGAGCAGUGUGGUGGUAUUUUGAGCCGCUUUUAUGAGUUGAAAAAUCACCAGAAGAAGCAGAUUCAAAGCGGAGGAUUGCAAGAUCUGAAAAGAGACAUCCAGGCACGAUUGCUAAAUGUCGAAACUUAUGGCGGCGAGACAUUUUUGUCUGAAGAAGUAGCUAUUAAUAUACUUCAAGAAACGAAAAAUGCAUUUCAACGUUGUCAGCUGCUAUGCGACAAGGACGGAGCACCGAAAAUGACCGAAAUGAUCUUUGAUAUAUUGUUAAAAUUUCUGUAUACAGAACAUGUUGAUUACGCCAUCGAUCUUUCACUUGCUGGAAUAUCACUGGCAGAACCAAAAACAGAGCCUCCGAAUUACUUUUUUGCCGUUGUACAGCAGGCUGCAGCAAUCACUCAUCUUUUCCAUAAGCAAUACGAUGAUUCCAUCUUUCCUUUGGUUAGUGAUACACCAGUUGAAGAUGUCUGUGCAAAGAAACAAAGCGAUUGCUUACGAAAUGUUGAAAAUCGCAUAAAUCUUGGUUUAGAGCGACAACUCAAUGUCGUUGUCGGAUACAUACGCUUUUUAUUGAGCAACGAGCAAAAGAAAACGGAUUUUCGUCCCGAAGAUGAAAAUCAACAAGUCACAGCUAUGUCCUGUGCAUGUGCAGUGGUUGUGAAAUAUUUGACAGCGGAAGUGCAAAUAAUACGUGAUAGUUUGGACGGAGGCAAUUUGACAUCCAUUAUGCUGGAAUUCGGGCGCCGUUUUUACAAAGUUUUUCUGAAUCACAUUUACCAGUUCACUUACAAUUCCCAAGGCGCAAUGCUGUUACUCUGUGAUAUCAACGAAUACAGGAAAUGUGUGAUGAGUUGGAAAAUCCCAGAUGUUGACAAGCAGUUCGAAUCGCUGCAUGCCCUCGCAAAUUUGCUUGUUGUUGUGCCUGAAAAUCUGAACGAAGCAUGUUCUUCGCAACUAUUAGUACGUUUUUGUUUCCAAUGUUUAAAUAAGGGUUAUUUUUGUGCAUUUGAAGUGUAG